GUGAGCACCCGAGAGCUGAGACGCAAAGAGGACGAGAUGAGGAACAUCCGGAUCCAGGCCCUGCUCCACAUGGGGGCUGUCCUGGCUGUGGACAUCUUCUUCCACUUCUUCUACAUCCUCACCCUCCCUUCGGACCUGAAGUUCGUGAACCGCCUCUCGGACUGGUCCUUGGCUGGCCUGGCCUACUCCAAUUUGGUGUACGACUGGGUGAAAGCUGCUGUCAUGUUUGGGGUCACCAACACCAUCGCCAGACUGGACCACUUGGACCCACCCCAGCCCCCCAAAUGCAUCACCAUGCUCUACGUCUUCUCCGAGACGCAUUUCGACAGAGGGAUUAAUGACUGGUUAUGCAAGUACGUGUAUGACCACAUUGGAGAGAGCCAUGAGAACAUCCUGAAGGAGCUGGUGGCCAGCGUCGCCACCUUCGCCGUCACCACCCUGUGGCUGGGACCCUGUGAGAUUGUUUACAUCUGGUCUGUCCUCAACUGCUUUGGCCUCAACUUUGAGCUCUGGGUGCAGAAGCUCUUCCAGCAGGAGCCCUUUGCCAAACUGGAGGCCAAAAUAUCAGCGGGCAUGUCUCGAAGGAUUAGGGCAGUUUUUGGGGCAGUGAAUUUCUGGGCCAUUGUCCUCUACAACAUCCCAGCCCUCAACAGCCUGGAGUUUGCACUGCUGGUGACCAAGAGACUCCUCCUGACGGGUUUCCCUGUCAGCACCUUGUCCAUCUGGUUCAUCACAUACUGUGGGGUGCAGCUGAUCAAGGAGCGGGAGCGCAUCCUGGCCGUGGAGGAGGAGAAGAGUGACAAGGCAAAGCCAGAGUAG